CCCCACAUGGUAGUGUCGGUGUAUCUACCAGUCAUGGCAUUGAUGAUAAUCCUGUCAACGCCUUGUCGCAGCUACACCCCCAAUACGUCAGUCAAUCUGAAGUAGAAGAUGCUAUUCGACUAGCCAUUUACGCCCGACUGGAGAACGCUCCACUUUGUCUAAUCAACACCUCUACUGGAUGUUUGUGCAAUCGAUAUGCGCAGAUCAACGCAUUUACGGAGAUUAAAGAGUAUAAAGAGCUUUUACAUUCAUCAGUGAUACAUGUGCCCCACCAAACGCAGCCCAUCAAAGAAGCGGUCGCGCAAUACUUCGGGGGUCAUGUUAUCACACAGGUGGGAACCUAGGAGCCAACGCUGUAUGACAUUCAGCACAAGGCUAUGUACGAUUUGGACCCGGCUGGAACCGUAGUGAAGUUACAGAAAUUCUGCAAAGCUGCUCGCGAUGCGGGGCAUCAUUGGGCGUGGAGCGAUACAUGCUGCAUCGACCGUCCCGACGUUGUUGAGUUCGAUGUUUCACACCACUCCAUGUUCAUCUGGUAUCACCGCUCAGCACUCAUCAUUGUCUACCUAUCGGAUGUUCCUUCUUCAUCAAAGUCGGGCGCGCUUGCAAACAGUGCUUGGAACACGCGAGCAUGGAGUAUUCCAGAACUCCUGGCCCCGAAAGUCAUUAUUUUCUACCAAGCUGAUUGGACCCUAUAUCUCGACGACCGAUCACGCAACCACAAGGAGCCUGUCAGUAUCAUACAGGAGUUGGAGCAUUCAACUGGCUUAAAUGCGCGGGCGCUCCUCGCCUUCCGCCCGGGGAUGAGAGAUGCCGAAGAGAAACUUCAAUGGGCAUCAACGCGUGUCACUGCGCGUGAUGAAGACGUCGCGUAUUCUCUGUUUGGGAUAUUCGGCAUCCACAUUCCUAUAAUCUACGGAGAAGGAAGACAGAAGGCGCUAGGACGUCUCUUAACAGGAGAUCAUAGCCCGUUCGGGCGACAUCACGGCCCUUGA